AUGGCCACCCCUGGCAGUGGGCUCGAAUCCCUUCCGGGCAGCAACACCUUUCCACGAAGAAAGAAUGUACCGGCUUCCGAAUUCUCGCUUGAUUCCGAUGUCUCGACCUCAGCUCCGUUGAAAAAGAGCAAACUGGGCCGUCGAGGGUCCAAGCUCGGCCUAAGACACCUCUUUGGUCGAAAGCUUUCCAAAGCAGGCGAAAGCCUUCCCUCUCCUGUUUCUCUCAAAUCACCCAGCUCGCUCAACUCGCUCAACAUGCUCAACAACUUGGGCAAGCCGCCUUCUCGAUCUGGAGGCUUUCGAAAGUCUCUCGUGGAUAUCAGCGGCUGGCCAUACGGACCGCAAGCCAAAUCUGAGCUUGCCCUUUCUACUCCAGAUUAUCCAUGGGAUGCCUCCCACGAGCUACCACCGGACGACACUCAUGUUUCCCGUCCACAAACUCCCGCCACCGGUCUUUCUGCUUCUUCCGGGAAGCGCGCGCCAGGCAUGUCAAUCACCAAGCAGCCUCGUCCAACUCUCACCGUCUGGACGAUACCGCCCCUCAGCCGGGCGAACCAGCAGCAGCUCAAACAACAAACGCUCUCUGCCACUGUCAAGCCUAUUGAGACCGUUUUGAGACGCAGUGAGAAGUCGGGCGUGACCGACAUGAUAGUACCUCUCACCGAAACCGAUACAAUUUUGAGCAGCGCCGGCAUCAGCCCCGGUGACAAAUUUAGGAGAAGAAACCGCGGAGACUCUCUGUCUGCCGGUAAUCUUGAGUGGACCACCAAGAUUUAUAUUCUUGUCACUGCUGGCUAUUUACUUCAAUAUACUGGAAACGGCGCACCUGACCGUCUGCCUGAAAAGGUGCUGCGCUUGGGUACGUCUUCGGCGGCUUUUGUAACUGAUGUCAUUCCGGGACGCCAUUUCGUCCUGCAGGUUACUUCCACCAUGGACAACUACGACCGAUCACCAUCAACCGACCCCCGAUCCUUUUUCUCAAAACUUCCCUUUCGAUCAUCAGACAAGCGCACCACAUCCAACAUGAUCAUGGUUUUUGAAAAUGCAGAGGACAUGGACGACUGGAUGACUUGCUUGCGGUCCAAGAUUGAGGAGCUUGGAGGCAAAAGGAGCAUCUCCGAGGCUGACCUGCUCAGAGAAGCAGAGGCUAAGCUGAAUGAAGAUGUCAUUCCUUCUUCGCGUGUUCGUGAAAAGCCAAGCCUGAAAUCAAUUACACUAAGAGAUGUCUCUUAUUCUGCACAAGCCACUCCCACAACUCCUUCGACGGCACCCCGGCAAGAACGGAAUUCCAGGAUUCCUGAUUACUCGAUUCCCCUGGUUGACUUUGAUUCUAUAAACCACGAUCUAUCAUUCGACGACAAAUCGGCGACAAACAGCAUUGCAUCUCAUGACGGUCGCCAACUGGACAAUCUUCGUGAGAGCUCACAGCGAUUAUCGCAAAUGUCGUCUGGCCAGCGGACAAACUUGACAUCGACUACUUCUUCGCCCUCGGGCUCACCCGUGCGCGACAGGUUUCCGCUGUCAGCAGAUAUUACCAUUAUCCCAGAGACGGCACGGCCUAGGCCCAACGCCAGCGUCAUUGCAAAUCGACGAGUAUCAUUGCAGACUAUGGGGCCGUUCGUUGGGGAGGCCAGCCUUGGUGGAGACGGCCUGUUGGAGCAUCACCAACACAGCCCACUUCCCUGGGCCAACGCUGCUGGAAAUGAUGCGGUCCCAUCUCCCACUGAGCCCCGUGGAACUCACAGUUUUGGAGUCUCUGCCUCGCAACCCACGGGUCGUCGGGCUUCUCAUAUGAAGGUGGCUUCUGCUUUAGAUGCAGAGAAUUUCUUUUCUCCGCCAUCACCAAGAGAUGCUGUCGCUCCGAUUUCCCGAGGAUCGCAGCGUAAGCUGUCGAGCAUCCGUAUAGGGCGACGACCCCUAUCCACGGUUGAAGACCAGCCGUCCCCCAAAGAGAACGUCAUGCCGGAAAGGCCUGUGACGAGCCAUAAUGCGGAGACUCGACCACCCUCGGACAUCCCUAGUGUCCCUAAGCUACCUCGAGAGAGGCUCGUGUCUAUGUCAAACGUUCCCCAGGUGCUGGGACGGCUGUCUCUGCCUUCACGACGUCUGAGCAUAGUGCCCAAAUUGACAACGCGGAGCCCCAGUCCGGGUCCCGCCACUCCCCCCGGCUUUCACCUUGAUGAGAAUGCACAUGACAGUCCCCGGAGGCUCGCCAGUAUCAACGCACUGCGAAAGCAGCUUGAGGUCAAGAGUUCAUUGUCAAAGUUUGGAGAUGCUAGCCCCCUGGCAUCGCCCGCCACUGAUCGGUCGUUCUCUCCAUUGCCUUCACCCCUCUCGGCUUCUUGGACAGACAAGACAAAGAAGAUUCGAACCUCAGUCGACGAUGUAGACGAAUUCUCGCGGGGCUUUAGUUUGGGGUUUUCCUGGGCAACUAAUCGAGCAAGCAUCAUGUCUGCCUUUACCGACAAGUCAUUCCCCGGGGAUGCGCAUCCCAUUGCAAAUAUUGCAGACUCGCUUCCUCAGCUUUCACCGCCGCCAACAGGGCCUCUUCCGGCAAUUCCGUCGAGGCCUUCGUCUUCUUCUAGCAACUAUGCCAAGAGUAUGAAGCACAAAAAGAGCCUGCCGCGGAUGGUCAUGCCUCCGCCAGCACCACCUCCUACAUGUGCCCUUCCGCCAUUGCCACCAAAGGCUGCGAUUGAGGCCUAA